AUGCCUUUCUUUGAAACACUCGAGCAAAUGCCUAUGUACCCAACAUUCACGAAAGAGGUAAUCUCUAAAAAGAGACCAAUAGGAGAUGGGCCGAUAACCUUUAAGGAAGAAUGUAAUGCAAUAUCAUCAGGUAGGAGAAUCCAAAUUAAGCAGAAGAAUCCUAGAUUUGUCACAAUCAUAUACACUAUAAAAGACAGAACUUUCAAGAAGGUACUUAUUGAUUCAAGAGCUAGUGUGAGUAUGAUGUCAUUGUCAAUCUAUCAAAGGCUUGGUAUUGGAAAAGUCAGUGAUAUAGGGACAAAUCUGAAAUUUGCAGAUCACUCUAUAAAAUAUGCAUAUUGGAUAGCGGAAGACGUACUGAUGGUAAUGGAGGAAUUUCGCUUUCAUGUUGAUUUUGUGAUCAUGGAUAUACCUGAGGAUGAAGAGACACCUAUCAUUCUGGGUCGACCAUUCAUGCAGACAAGUCGAUGCAAUUUUAACAUAGAACAUGGUACACUGACUUUAAAAGUUUAUGACGAUGAAUUAACCUUGAAUAUGCUUGAAAAUAGAAAGCUGGUGAUAGAAAAAGAAAAUCACUAUCAAGUAGGCAUGAUCAGAAUAAAUGUGAAAGGCCAAAGUAGCAUGCCAACAUCAGAAAAAGUCUCAAAAAGGCCAUCUCAACUCGUAUCACCUCCCUUAGCAACCCUGAGGGGAAAAACUCCCAUGUCCAUUCUAAAAGCCAUGAGAAAGAAAAUAAAGGAAUCAUGUGAAGGAUAG